AUGAGAAGAUCAGUAAUCAUCGCUCCAAAGAAGAGCACUCUGAAUGAAAAGCUUAAGGAUGUAAUGAAUCAGAAAACUUCAAGAAAAUCGAGUAUCGGAGCUUCAAAAGGAGCAAAAUUAAUGUUCUCGCCACAGAGAACAGUAAAAAUGCAAAGUUUAAAUACUAAUUCCUCGAAAUUAGAGAAGAAGGCUGGUGUGAAAUCCCCAGAUGAAUUCAGAAAGAUGAUCAAGAAUGCAAUGAACAAGAACAAGAAGUCUAUAAGGGAAAUGAAAAGAGAUGAUUUUAUUAAAGUCAUGAAGAGUUUCGGAUACCAUAUCAAUCAAGUGCAAGCUAUUGAAGCAUUUAUCGAAUUCCAGGGAUCUCCUAAUGAACCAUCUAGAGAAGUUGAUUUUAACCGCCUUCUCAAAUGGAUCGAGUUGAAUAUUCAUAGGAUUAAGAAUACUGAAAAUUUAAGCAGAAAAUUGAGUUCAAAGAUGCAAAAGAAUUCUAACUAAGA